AGAUUCCUUUCACGCGCAUUAGAGCAACACACAGCAGAACGCGCGCUCCUUCUGUCCACACGCAUUAAGUGCUUUUCUGUCAGAACACAAAGUUAAAGAGUUAUUUAUCACUAGGAUUGACCAUGGAUUGCUCUGAAGAGGUACAGUCACUCUCGGAUGAAGCCAGCACUCCCAUCGAGUUAAAGAAAGGAAUGUCAAUAUUUUUGGACAUAUUGAGAAGAGCUGACAAAAAUGAUGAUGGGAAGCUGUCCUUCGAUGAGUUCAAGGCUUAUUUCUCAGACGGCGUUCUGUCAGGAGAUGAAUUAAAGGAGCUUUUCCAUGCGAUUGACACUCAUAACACAGACAAUGUGGACACGGAUGAGCUGUGUGAAUACUUCUCUCAACAUCUUGGAGAAUAUGAAAAUGUGCUCGCUGCCUUGGAAGACCUAAAUGUAUCCAUACUGAAAGCCAUGGACAAAACCAAGAAGGACUAUCAGGAGGCCACACAUCUGCAGCAGUUUGUGACGCGUUUCCUUCUGAAGGAGACCACCAGUCAGCUGCACUCUCUUCAGAGCUCACUGGAGUGUGCAAUGGAGACCACAGCCGAGCAGACCCGGCAGGAGAGACAGGGGCCACUGAAGCCAGAGGUUCUGCCCAUUCAGUGGUCCGGAAGGAGAUCUAAUCGAAGACUUCAAAGGAAUAACAGCUUGUCUCCGAACAACCCGCUCCUCAACCUUGUCAAUUCAGGUCUGUAUGAAGAAGACAACCAGUGGAUAACACAGGUCAACAGGCUGCAAAAGCUGAUCGACCGUCUUGAGAAAAAGGAGCUGCGUUUGGAGCCGGUGGAGGAAGAGGUGUUGGAAAGCUCCACCAAAUCACACAUCCUAAUAGUUCAGAGGCAGCUGUCGGUUCUGGAGGAGGAGGUGGAGGAGUUUCGUCUGGCUCUGCGGCAGUACAUUGAGUGCUCAAGCGCUCAGACCGGCUGCCUCCAUGUUGCAGUACAGCGACUCUCCAAUGAAUCUCGCUUCAUUCUCUAUGAGUUCUGGGAGCACAGCAACGUGUGGAAGAAUCACCUGCAGACUAACUACAGCAAAACCUUCCAGAGGGGAAAUGUGGAUUUCCUCGAGACGCCAGAGAUCAUGACGACUAUGCUGGUGCCAGCAUCAUGGUGGGUCCUCAACAAUAACUAGAGUGUGUGUGUGUGUGUGUGUGUUGACUGGCACUGGAGCAAAGCAGACAGUAAGAGGAGCACAGGACAGAAGACCACCAUCAGGAAGAGCUUUCGUCUUCAUAUAGUGACUAGAUCUAGAGUAUCAUGUCGUGACAUUCUUAGCUCUGUACGAGUAGUAGAAACUGUAGAGGUUAUCAAAUAAAGCAAUGAGAUUCUGAUGCAUCAUAAGAGCUGUUGAUCAGUGCCGUCUGGUCUGUUUGUUGGUAGCUCAGGUCUGUGUCUCAUCAUCCUGACAACAGCUUCUUUCAAAGAUCCUACAGUUCUGUUGUUGUAAUUCAUGUCGUUCGUCAACUCUGAAUAAAACUAAAUUCAGUGUAA